AUGAAUCUCCGGCAGAUGCAAGCUUCUCCAUCUCGAGGCGCUCAAGAGCUUUCUGGUGAGCCCAGGUCUCGAUUGAAAGAUCAGACCCACUCCGAGGAUUACAAUCGUGAGGAAGCUUGUGAUGUAACAUGGAAGCUCCCAAUCUUCCCACUUGCGCGACUGUCCUGGAGGCGGCGGAGUCCGGUUCAUGAAAUAUCCUUUGGGUCGUUCUUCGUGACCCGGUGUCGCCCACCGGCUUGGACCAGUAGAUGUGGAUCCAGAUCGGAAGUGGAUCCGGUUUCGGAGCGUCUUCGCUGCGACAAUCAAUGGCUUCGUCGACGCCAUUUUUGUGAUUCCGAUUUCACUCUCAGUGAUAUAUUGAUGAUUAGACGUAAAUAA